AUGGCACAUCCAGGGGGUGGUAGUGAAGGACCUGGAGAUACAGGUCCAGAGGAUAGGCUAAAGGCACUCUAUCCCAUGGUGAAUGAGGACCUAACUCCCUUGCCAAGAUGUUGGAGUUCGGAUGACAAAUACAGUUUCAUCGGAUUAUCACAAAGCAAUCUUCGUGUCCAUUACAAGGGUCAUGGCAAUACACACAAAGAUGCUGCCAGUGUUAGGGCCACUCAUCCAAUCCCUGCAGCAUGUGGCCUAUAUUACUUCGAGGUGACCAUCGUUAGCAAAGGCCGAGAUGGUUACAUGGGAAUCGGACUGUCAGCCCAAGGAGUGAGCAUGAACCGCCUCCCAGGCUGGGAUAAGCAUUCCUAUGGUUAUCAUGGUGAUGAUGGCCAUUGCUUCUGUUCAUCAGGGACUGGGCAGCCCUAUGGACCAACGUUCACAACUGGUGAUGUCAUUGGCUGUGGGGUGAACCUCAUUGACAGGACGUGCUUCUAUACUGUGAAUGGACACAACCUUGGGGUGGCCUUCACUGGACUUCCUCCUGAUCUCUAUCCCACUGUCGGACUCCAGACACCUGGUGAAGUUGUGGAUGCCAAUUUUGGCCAGGUGCCAUUUGUCUUCGACAUUGAGGACAUGAUGAAGGAGGCCCGAAGCAGGGUACAUUCAACCAUCAUGAACUACCCCAUCCGAGACUGCAAAGGGCAGUGGGAGAUGACCCUUCAUCGUAUGGUGAUCACAUAUCUCAUUCAUCAUGGCUACGUUUCAACGGCAGAAGCUUUUGCCAGAGGAACCAAUCAGCCCUUUGAAGAAGAACUUGCAUCUAUCAAAAACAGGCAAAAGAUCCAGCGUUUGGUUCUGGCUGGAAGGAUGGGAGAAGCCAUUGAAGCUACCCAAUCCUUAUAUCCAGGACUUCUUGAUAGGAACCCAGACUUGCUCUUCAUGUUGAAGUGUCGACAAUUUGUGGAAAUGGUGAAUGGGACGGAUUCAGAAGUGCGUCCAGCCAGAAGUCCCAAGAGCCACGGAUCCAGUCCUCUUCACUCCCCUGGUUCCUUCUCUCCUAGCAACGUACGCAAUCCCGUGAUUGUGUCGUCGAAGAGCUCUGCCCUUCCGACUGUCGAUGAGUUGAAUGAAAACAAUGAGGAGCACAAACAAGACGGUGAAGAGUCCAAAGAAGCCGUGACCAAUGGCUAUCAAAAUGGGUGCUCUGCCGGAGUCGACGAAAUGGACGUUGACGAGUCCGGUUCGUCCAAACAUAGCAUGAACUUGGCUCACUUAGAGCAGAUACUUCAUUUCGGGCAGGAGCUCAAGGGCCUGAGUGUUCGACUCCAACGCGAACACGGGACCAGUGAGAUCAAUCAGCAGAUGAUGCUGGAUGCAUUCAGUCUGCUGGCGUACUCAGAUCCCUGGAAUUCACCAGUUGGAUGGCAGUUAGACCCAGUCCAGAGAGAACCAGUUUGUGCUGCCUUGAACUCCGCCAUCCUCGACUCCCUCAGCCUGCCGUCUCGCCCUCCACUCGAGCUGGCCCUCGGCCAGGCGAGGCAGCUAGUGAAUCUGAUGGCUGCUAAUGGCCUUGGUGGGUGUGCCUUCGCCAAUCUCACCGAUUUAAUGCAGUGA